AUGGUCAAAUGGCACGGCUUCGCUUGCGCUGCCGCCGCCGCCAUUGGCCACAGCGGCAUCGACGCGACGCGCAAGUACGCGUCGCAGACGCUCUCCUCCGCCGAGCUCGUGACGCUCGUCGGCAUUCUCGAUGCGCUCUUCCUCUCCUCCUUCAUCCUCGCGUUCCGCCUCGUCACCGACCUACGCUUCGUGACGAAUAGCUCUGACUCUGCUUUUGAAAUAGCUUCGGAUGCAGGCAUGGAUUCUCCAGACCUGCGCGCUGAGGCUGACUUGGUGCUAGGAUCGGACAUAGCGUUGGAUUUGAGCUUCGGGCAGCGAAUCGAUCGGGCAGUGAGUGAAAGACACUCGGGCAGCGGGUCAAGGGCAGAAGGGAGGGCAGGAAACGCGGCAGGAGAAGAGGAAAGAGAGGAGGUGACAGCUGGGGGAGGGAGGAAUGCCACUUUGGCAGGCGAGAGAACAGGAGAGAGCAGACAAAGAAGUUUCACUGAAGGUUCUAGCAGCAGUGAGAUCGUGGCCGGCGGUGGGUUCGGAGGUGGAAGAGGGUUCUAUUCCCGAGCCUCAAGAGGCAGGUUUGGCACUGGCUUAGGAAUCGGGCUAGGUUCGGCUCAUCACCCCCAGGAGCAUGGAUCUGCCCAAUCCAGCCCUGCCACGUCAGGAGGGCGAGCAAUAACAAGGGGAGACGGGGCAAGAGGGGAAACAGGGGAGGUGGUGGGUGAAGGGGAGCAAGGAGGUGGGGAGGGCAAGGGGGGGAGAAGAGAGAGUGUGAGGCAGCAACAGGAGGCGACAGCACAGCAAGGAGCAACGCCGGGGUCAGCAGGAGGGGUGUGGCGAACGAGGAGUGGGAGGCGGAGAGGGGGGUGGAUGGGGGCUUGGUUGCUGGUGCUGCUGCAGCAGGUGUGGGGAGCGGUGGUGGGAGGGAAGGAGGAGCGGGAUGUGGAGGCGGGGAGGAGAGGGUGGGUGAAGGUGCUUGUAUCGAGGACGACUCGUGUUCGCCUGCUGCUGGGCGCAGUGCUCGCCCCGUUGGGAAAGAGGGCCGGCAUUGCCUGGCAGUAUCUGCACGGUCCGCUGAAGCGGUUACGAGUGGUGGUAACCGCAUGGGCAAGGGCACCAAUGCGAGUGGCAGCACGAGUGGUGCGGGUGCCGUGGGUGGGGGUGAAGGGGGCGCUGAGGUGGGUGGGCGCACAGAAGCGCCACGAGGGGCCACUGCUCAUGAUGGGAUGCGCCGUGCUGCUCAGCUUCACCAACGGGUGUGACAAGCUGGGGGUGCACCACUCGCCAUCAGUGGUGGUGUUUGCGGGGCUGCAGCGCCUCUUCAUGGCCGUGCCGCCCGUGCUCUACCUCGCCGCCACCAGACCAUCCGCGUUCCCCCUGCUGCUGAAGCACUUCCCGUUGCUGGCGGGCAUAUCAGCGUGUGAGAUCACGGCCAUUGUCUUCUAUCUGCAAAGCCUGCACUGGCUCCUCGUCUCCUACUCCGUUGCCGCCAAGCGCAGCAACAUUCUCAUCUCCAUGUUCGUCGGCUACUUCCUCUUCAAGGAGAACAUAUGGAAGAGACUACCAUACGUGCUGCUCAUGAUUGCUGGAAUGACACUCAUUAUCUUUGCUGCAUGA